AUCUGAGACCAUACCAUCGUCUAUCAUCCAUAACAUCUCACAUAUCUCACCACGAUGCAGCUUACACACACACUUUUCGCACUCUUCUCAACCUCCGCCCUCGCGGCAAGAGUAUCCAUGUCCGCCUCUACGAACUGGACACUUGAAAAGCUUGUGCGGGUCUGCGACACCGCCGAUGACUCUUGCACAUGGACCUUCGACAUCAAUACAAACGAAGAAGGUGUAAAAGCCACGGCAUGCACUUAUACCGUAGCCGCCACCAAGACGGAGCCGGCUAGCCAGUCGAGCGGCGGCCCGGCCACGUGUGGCGUUUUCACCAUUACCAGCGGCUGGAGCGGCCAGUUCGGCCCUGACGAGGGUUUCACCGUAAUUUCUGUCGUGGAUUACGCGAAGAAGCUCAUUGCGUAUGCGGGAUACACGGAUGCCAUGACUACGAAUGGAACUACAGUGGACCCGGACCUGACCUUCCCUGUUCAGUUGCUUUCGUAAAGGGGGUGAGAUGAUAAGAGAAAUUACCGAAUGGCGAUUUCGGUGAGGGGGUGAAGGAUGACGAGUAAAAGUCAUCAGGACACUUGUAAUACGGAACAUUAUCGUGAUGGUGUUUUGGACUGACUUGGUUGGGGUUGAGAGGUUAGACAAAUAAUGACCCUAAGUAACGCAUGAAUUCAUUGGCAGGAAAACACGGCGACUAGGUAUUAAUAUGAUAAUUGCCUCUUCAAUAACUACGAUUUAGUAUGAAAGAAUAGGCUGAGGUGCUAAAGCUAAUGUUGUUUUGUCAAAGGGUUUGCAACAUAUCGGAAUUGUAUCGAUACAGUAUUUCCGAUUGUUGUGUUCCAAACCUUCAUUUAUCGAGG